AUGAUCUACUACGAGGACUGGCCGAGGGCUCUGCCGAUAUUGCAUGGAUGCCGCUGCCCCGUGGCCGUCACGUCAUGGGAGAUCCCAGAGGCUUUGCAGGUCCAGCAGCUGCUUCUAGAUGCCAACUUCGAGGCCCCGGAGCUCCGCGACAAUCCUUUCGCUUCACACGCCCCGCAUCGCGUUACGGACGAUCACGGGACCACCAUGUUCGGCAACCUCGUGCUCUUCACUACCCGGCCAAGCUCGGUACAUCCAUGGCGAGCCCUGUUGAGCCCUGCGUGGUCAGAGCCUUGCGAGGAGGACCUCCGGGAUGCCCUCCGCCUUGUCCAGGGGCAUCUCGAAGUGCUUUCGGGGCGCCGGGCACAACUCGUGUUCCGAGACCACAUUGAAGCUGACGAUUUUCGGAUUCCGGAAGACGUAUCUGUGGAUAUGGACAGGGCAUACCGAGGACUGGGAUACUGA